AUGGGCUUGAAGGGCAACCUGACUGCCGGGGAGAUUGUUGAGCAGCUAGUGCACGCGUUGAGGGUGGCAGCCGUCAGGAACGUUGUGUUCAUGGGCAUGGGGGAGCCCCUCAGCAACUACGAGGCGGUGGUGGGCGCAGUGCAAAUGAUGACGGACCCGCGGUUGUUCGGCCUCAGCCGGCGCCACGUGACCGUUUCUACGGUUGGUGUGGUGCCGCGCAUACGCGAGAUGGCCAAAGACCUGCCGGGGGUGAGCCUGGCGCUGUCGCUGCACGCGCCCGAUCAAGAGCUGCGGCGCACGAUCGUGCCGAGCGCGCGGGCAUACCCCCUGGAGCGCCUGAUGGCGGCGGUGGGCGACUACCAGGCAGCUUCAGGGCAGCGCGUGUUUGUGGAGUACGUCAUGCUGGCGGGCGUCAACGACUCGGAGAACUGCGCCCACCAGCUGGGCCGCCUCCUGGCCGGCAGGGACAUGCACAUAAAUCUGAUCCCGUGGAACCCUGUUUUGGCUGGCGACGGCAUCAUCUUCUCUGCGCCUGCACCUGGGUCCGUCGACGCGUUCCGGUCUGCAGUCAGGGCGUACGGACUGAGCGUGACUGUUCGGCAGGAGAAGGGGCAGGACAUCUCGGGCGCGUGCGGGCAGCUGGUGAUAGACACCUCGCAGCUGGCCGCACAGGGGCGGGCGCUGCAGGGGUUGCCGGGGCGCGCGAGGAGUUGCGGGGGCGCAAACGGGAGCGACGGCGGGGUGAAGGAUAUUGAGGAGUUGGCGGCUGCCGUUGAAUAA